AUGGCGAAAACGGUUUCAGCUUUCAGAGCAGUCUUUCUUUUGCUAACUCUUCUAAAAGCUGUAACAAAGUCAAAUAAAAUAAAGGAAAUUCUCAUCUUCGGUGGUAAUGGUUUUGUUGGCAGCGCAGUCACAGUUUCAUUGCUCAAAGCAGGUCACCAAAUAACGUGGUUGAGCAGGGGGAACGCAUAUUUUGAUUCAGACUCUAGAAUAUCGCAAUUUGUGUCAAAGCAAGUCAUAUGCGACUGUCACAAAUCACUUUUGCUAGAAUGCAAAGAACUGUUUGUGAACGAAACCUUCUACGAUGUAGUUGUUGAUUGCUCUUCAUUUAAGCCAAGUCAUGUUAAGGAAAAACUUUCAGCACUUCACAAAAGAAUAGGUUAUUAUAUUUUUACAAGUAGCGAAACGGUAUAUGACGCAAGUGCUAAGAACCAUACUCGGCCUAGUAAAGAAAGCGAAGCGAAACGACCAAUAACUCCAAACGUGAGACUAGAAAUGAAAAAUAAAUUCUCAUACGGCUAUGAUAAGUUGGAAUGCGAAGAAUUCCUAAAACGGGAAAAAAAAUUCAAAGUUCCAUACUUAAAUGUCCGUCUUCCAUUGAUCAUAGGACCGCGAGAUACAUCUUUCAGAUGGUGGUUCUAUCAACUAUGGGUGCUAACACAUGACGUCAUUCAUUAUCCUGUUCAUAUCCCAGACAACGUUCGCAGUUAUUACUUCAGCAUGGUGCACGUUGAUGAUAUAGCUGACGUCUUUUCGAAAAUUGUUUCGACAGAUAGUCAAAAAAGAGUUAAGAACAAAGCUGUAAACUUCGCGAUGCGAGAGCAUAUAACACUUCCAAUAGUUGUUAACUACAUUGCGUCUUUCUACGGCUUGGGCGAUGUAAAAUAUAAUACGGAUAAUACCUCCACAUGGUACGUUUACCCGGCCGGGACGAAGGGCCCGCUCGAUAUAUCUCUUGCAGAGGAGUUGCUGGAGUGGAACCCAAUGCCUUGGAAGCAAGCAGCUCACACGACAUGUGAAUUUUACCACAAUGCAAUGGUAAAGGAGAAGUAUGUUAAAGAAAAAGAGCACAUCUUGUUGGACAUGCUCGACACUAUCGUUGCAGAUGAGUAUUUUGAGGCUUUCUUGCAAAAAUUGAAGCAAAUUUUCGGCGAGAAAGUGUUAGAAGGGGUCGAUCUUGAUAUCUGGCUACCCGAGAAAGCACCAAGAAUUGACAGUGAGAAAAAAGAAAAUAUUUCUGCAGAGAAUGUAAGCAGAGUGGUUGAGGAACUGUAACGAAAUA